AUGAGCGAAUCGAAGGUAGGGACCCUGCCCGACGAGGUGAAGGAUAUACUGGAGUGUCUAAAAGAGGGAAGCUCAAAAUUCCAGCAAUAUUUAGCGCAGCUGAAAGAGUACCUACAGAAGGAUCGAAUCAACAACACGAACAUAUUAGUAGAUCACAUUCUAAGGAACAUCCACGUGAGUGAUUUUCAGAAAAACGCAUGCUACUUCUUAGCAGAUGUAAUAGUAUACAUACAAAGUGUAAAUAAAAUUCCAAAGAAAUAUGAGCUGGACUGUGUCGAUGUAGGACUCACGUCGCGUAAGGAGGAAGCGAGAGAACUAUGGGGUGAGGAAAAUUAUGAUGAGGUAUAUCCUCAGUGUCGAAUCCCAAUUCAGGAGGAUAAGUUAAGACGAUUUAACACCAAGGAUUACAGAAAAGAUCUCAUAAGGACAUGCACGAAGAAUGUCAAUUAUAUGGAAAUAUUGUAUGUCCUCAGUAGGAACGUCUCCCCACGAAAUGGAUACGUCUUAUUCAACAACAUUUUGCAUAAUUCAGAAAUCAGCUAUCGUUAUAAAUUGCUAUCCCUGGAGUACUUUGCCCAUGUUGUUAACAAAAUAGCUUUGGAAAGGGCAAAAUAUAUCGCGCAGAUGCUCCCCCUAGUGUUGGGAAAAUUCUAUAGCAUAGAAGGAAAAGCAUACUGUAACGAUAAUGUGACGAGCAUGGACGUGUUAAUUUCUAUGUGUAAAUUUUCUAAUGUCCUGUGUGAUGAAUCCAUUAAGACACAGGAAGACGACAAACAGGACGUGGCUCUACACUCCAUCAUAGCAUUCAUUAUGAAAGUAAUAAGUUAUCACAAUGCAGAAUUACCAAUAAAUGAAAACAUAGAAAGGAUGAUAAAAUACAUUCAUUAUGACCAUCUGGAGUAUCAGAAAUGUAUUGAGAUUUACUCCGAGUUAUCUUUAAAUUUAUAUGAGGAUAAAAGAGAAAUGAUGGUGAAGGAUUGCCUGUCAGCUCUCCUAUGGAGACUAAGCAUAAUUAACUGCAACAUAUCACGCAUUUUAGAAAAUGUGAAUAUUUUAAUGCCUAAUGCGAAAGCCUGUGCUCUGGAAAAUUCAACCUUAGAAAUCUCCAUCCUCUGCUACCUCAUAUUUGUAGAAAAAAUAAAUGAAUCGUCCUUUCCGAAAAUUUACUCAGAGCUGUAUCUCUUCAAUUUGAUGAUGCGAAAUAGUUACAAUUUACUUCUAUGCAUUCCGGAGGCCGAGGAGGGCAUUAAGAACAAUUUGCUAAUCAAGGCUUAUCACCUCAUCUGCCUUUGUGCCGUCUUAUCCAACAUUAUUCAAAGGCGAGAUGGAGAAGUCUUCUCUAAUAUAUACAACUUCAGAUGGAGACCCCUGGAAUUUUUACUAACUCUACAUCGCACUAUUCAUGAUCAUAAGACAUUCAAAACGUAUUCCAAGACGGUAUACAAUGCUGUGUGCAUCAUCAUGAGAAAUUUUAAAUGGGAUAUUCUGUACUCACUAUAUUAUAAGCUGCUUAAUGAGCCCCUUCCAGAUAAGGCCAGGAGUUUAAUUGCCGCGUUCGUAAAGGAUGAAAUGCACAAAAAGAUGGUGCAGGUCGUUAAAAAGGCAGAAGCGAUAAAACAGGAAUUUCAAAAAAAGGAAGACUUUGAAAAUGUCCUCAAUCAAGCUAUCCAAGCGGAGAGAAAUAAAUCGUCAAAAGUGGUUACUCCUCCAGGAGAUAAUACAGAACUAGCCAAAAUAAAACAAAUCGCUGAAGAAAUAAAUAAAUUGGGGAUACAAGUCAAAAAUAUUAUCUACAUCCUCAUGAGUGAAGAGUCUGUACUCCUCAACGUGGAUGCCAUCACCGUUGUGCUCAACAUGAUCAAAAUGAUUUUGCUGAAUAAAAAUUUAAAACCCUUUUACACUUUCAUUUUAAAUGUGGAGCAACCCUCUGCUUGCUUCCUGCAAAGAAAAAUUAAACAUUUUUAUGACCAGGUUAAGUUGGAGAAGGCCAUCCUAGAGAGGGAAAAGAAGGAGGAUGCCAAUUCCAUCUUUUACACCAACAUGAAUGGAGACUCACGUGGUCGCCGGCCUGGCCGGGAAGAAGUGACUUACCAGGCCACGGAUGUUAGCAUGAAUGAGCUGGAGAUCGUCCUUAUGCUUUUAGGAGACGUUGAGGCCAGCGUCGAGAGCGUGAAGGUGUCGCAGAGAUGA